AUGCUGUGUGGUGGUUCGGGCGUGAGCGACUCCCCAAAGAAGGGCCUCGUGGAUUAUUUCGAGUUGCGAAGGUUGAUUGACGAGUGCACCAGGGAGAGACUGAGGGACUUUGAGCAGCGUUUGGAGUCACUGGAAGCAAGUGUUCUGAACUCGAAGCCUCAACUGGAGGAAGGCUUGCAACUGCAGGCUGUCACCACGGCGCCGGCGCUUUCACGGCUGCCAUUCAGCAGACACGAGCAACUGGAAAUCUCCACAUCGCCAGAUGACGAUCACGACGCACCCCCAAAAGACCGGCAGAAUAUCGCUGAGUAUCGCUUCGAUGCCUGUGUUUGGGACUCCUCUGUCCUGGUGGGUUUGGGGGUCCUAUCUUGGCAAGAGUCCUUGGCAGUUGCUUUCUGUGGCUUAUGGUCCAUUCUGGUGGAGGGCUUUUUUGUUUUGAUCCUUUACGACAACAUGACGGAAACGGUCUUCGAAACUUCGCUCGUGCAAGAGAUGAAGGACUGGCGCAUCCACUUUGGCCAGAACAUGAACUACAUCGACGGCAUCACUGGCCAGCCCUUGAUCAUGGGUGUCUGCGGCAUGUCAAACUCAUUGAUGAAUGGAAACGUGCAGGCGGAGAUUUUCGAGACGCUAUUUAAGUAUGGCAUCCGCGAGGAGGGCAAUGAGGAUCUCCGCUGGCCUUUGCUUCCUGUUGGUGCAUGGCUGGCUCUGAUCGCACUGCUGGUUUGGAUUUUCACGGUGCUCAAGGAGAUGAGUUGCGCAUGUGGCUUUGGUAUCGCUUUGGCUUCUCUUCCACGGGGGAGUGGCGUGAGCGAAGGCUUCGCCAAUGCAGGGCGGUUUCACUUGUCCACGGUCAGCUUGCACCGGGUUCUGGUUCUCAUCAUCUUCAACAUGCUGCCCAGAUUAGGCAUCGCCCUAGUUCUUGGCAUCAUCGGAGUUCAUUUCCUGGCAAGCACCACGUCUCUUUCUGAUCUGAUCCUGAAUGCUGUGGCCUUGGAAGUGGUACUUUGCAUCGAUGACCUCUUCUUUGCGGUGCUUGUUCCAAGACGUGUGCAUGAGACGGUCAAGUCCUUGAAGCCACUUCCUGUCAAGCUGUGGCGACCCUGGGUUCUGCAAGCGCGCCAAGCUUUCAUAUUCAUCCUAUCGCUUACUUGUCUGGUGGCAUCGCACAUCCUCUGUUUGCAGCCGCUUGUGAACAACAUGCAAAGUACGGCGGACGCCAUGUGUUCUGGAGUUACCAAUUUCACGUACUUUGAAGAUGCAGCUGGGCUUGCUUACAUUCUUGGUGAUUCUCUUGAUGCUUUGCCAAAGAACUCUGGCGAAGGUUAUGCAAGCUACGCCUACCGGGCUGUGCUGCAGGCCUCUCAGCUGGAGGAGGUGGAGCCUCCUGGCUUGGGAGCACAGAUUCUGAAUCAUGAGCUGCUUGGCCUGGCCAUGCAGCUGAAGAGUUUGGAGUUCGAAGAGCGCAACAAGUUUUGGCCUUUGUGCCAAGACUUGGAUAACCCCAUCUAUGCGGGGUUUGGCUUGGUGAACUUGGGUACAGCUGCAAUGGCAAAACUCAGGGAGCUGAUUCCCGAAGCUGGGCCGACGUCUUGCCAGUCGGUUCAGUCCUUCUGCUUCAACGGCAGCUUGCCUCUCGAGACGUUGUGGCGGUUGCGUGCCCUUUGCCCCGUCACCUGUGGCUGCAGCGAUGUGAAGUCAGGCAGCUUCAUUGCGAGCUUACCAUCCUUCGGAUGCCCGCAGGUUUGCAGACGGCUUUUUGACCAGAGCAUUGAUGAACUUGGUUGCAAGGAUGCACCACAAGACAGCCAGGCCUUGGCUGUUUAUCUCCAAGGUUUGAGUGACAGGCGUGGGAUUCUCGGAAAUUUCACGGCCUGUGAGGCCUUCGCGCGCCCAGUAAACAUUGACGGAGCUGACUUCGAUUUCUGCAUGCAAGCGGAUGAGCUCGCGAAGAUGGGGUUUCAAUCGUCUCAGCUGCUGUGCCCGAGGACCUGCGGCUGUGCACACAUGCCACGCCCUGAAUGUCCAGAGGCAUGCCUGUCGCCGGCGCGUUGA